AUGGAAAAUUUGAUUGGAUCAACGAAAUUUUGGUGUUUAACGCCAGCUGCUAUUCCUAAUACAAUAUAUAUAUUACUAAUUAGUGCAAUUUUUGUUUUUGCUGUAACUUUUAUUAUGAUCCUUAAUGCUAGAAAAACGACGGCUUCAAUUGAUGGAAUCAAUAGACGAAACAAAUUGGAAAAGUAA